ACAUCAGCCCCGGAGGACGGCGUUCCCUUUAAGAUGAAUUUCCGGUUCUGUGUUUUAUGUAACAUGUUUUGAUUGGACUUCCUUAAUUAAUACUUUCGUACUGUUAAAAUGACAGGCAAUUAACAAGUUUUCCUGAAACCAAAACCAGCUGUCAUAACGGCAUUUGAAUCCUUGUCGUUUAUUCGUUUUUUUUAACGUGAGUAACAAAAUUAGAUUUCCCGGGGUGUACAUUUUCUUUGGGUCGUUUUAAUAUAUAUUCGAAUAGAAACCGGUCAGGAAGCUUAAAUUGAUUCCAAAUAGUUUCGUUCAGUUUGCGUCUUGUGUUACUCAAUAUGGCGACGUAGCUGCGUAUCUACGCGGCUUGGAGUGACUCGCGUAUCCUGCCGUGAAAUAACCCUUUUCAGCCUGAUCUGAGGUUCCCGAAGGCGGCCGACAGGCGCUGUGUGACUCUCGGUUUGUAUGCCUGCUUCCCUACUUACCCGCAUUGCCGUAUAAACGCCGCAGUGCGCCUCGGCUUCCCCCGAAUCCGGACCAUGGCUGUUGACUGGCUUGGAUUUGCUUAUGCCAUGGCUGUCCUUCUGGGAGGGAUUGUGGGGUACAAGAGGAAAGGCAGCGUGAUGUCGCUGAUCGCUGGCCUUCUGUUCGGAAGCCUGUCUGCCUACGGAUCCCUCGGAAUAACGACCAAUCCCAGCAUGGCCCUGUUGUCAUCAGGGUCUCUGGCUGCCAUCAUGGGAUUGCGAUACUGGAAGUCUGGCAAACUUAUACCAGCUGUUAUGGCUGGUUUGAGCACCCUGAUGUUCCUGCGACUUCUCCUCCUGCUUGUACUGUAGCAUGCCCCCCCCCAGGGUGAGCCAUGCCCAUUUUUCCCUGUGCUGAGAGAUCCAUCACCCCUCAGUAUACCAUCAUUCCCUCUCCAUUCUGGAUUUGUGUAAUUGCACUAGCUAAUCCCACUAAGAUGCCACAUCACAGUUAACAUAUCCGCUAACUGGCAAUGGGAAGUGUAAGGACAGUCGGAAUGCGUCCCACAGUUUAUCCUGACAUUCCAAAUAAACUUCAGAGCAUUUCAGUUU